CGGAUAUCAGUGAUGUAUCGUCUGGUGUUAAGUGUUAUGGUAAUAGUCCUAUUACCGUUAGUAAACGGUCAAGACACGACCGAUACAACUGAACAGCUAGCGGAAAGUUCUCCUAGUUGGUAUGACGAAGCCUCAAGCACGGUACCUGAGAACGAGUCCCAAGAGCUGGACCACGGUGGAACAACUCAAGACUUCUAUCAAGAAUCAAGUGCAAUAACGCAAGAUCUCAACCAACCGGGAACACAGCAAACAAUCAAUGCAACCCUGCGACGGCUGGAGUUGGUAAAUGCCCGCUUUCAAGACAACAUUAACAGUCUGAAAAAUGGCAGCGCACGUCUAGACAUCGUAUUUCUGAUCGAUGCCAGCUCCAGCGUGGGGCCGAGCAAUUUUCAAAGUGAGCUACGAUUCGUGAAGAAACUUCUCGCCGGCUUUGACGUUAGCGUAAACCGCACGCGCAUUGCGGUGGUCACAUUCAGCUCGCGCAAAAAGGUGAUCCGUCACGUCGAUCAAGUGUCGCAACCGGUGCCCGAGAAUGAUAAAUGUCUGUUGCUGAACUAUCAGCUGCCGAGCAUCGAAUAUAGUGGUGGUGGUACGUACACUUAUGGUGCGCUGAAGGAGGCGGAAGACAUCUUUGUCUACAGCAGAUCGAGCACGUUGCAUCCGGACAACCUGGAGCGUAUCAUCUUUCUCAUUACGGACGGCUACUCGAACGGGCAGAGCCCGAUACCGAUCGCGCAACGAUUGAAGCGCAGUGGAGUGAAGAUCUUCACGAUAGGGAUCGAAACCGGAAAUGAUGAGGAAUUGGCAAGUAUCGUUACGUCCAACGAACAUCGCUACCUACUGGCCAGCUUCGAACAGUUCGAAACGCUGGUUCGACAGGCGUUGCAUCUGGACUACCGCCACGGACCAUCCAUUCCGGUCGGUAAUGGGUCGCUCUGUGAUCGAUUAUGCGACAAGACGAAGUUUAGGGACCAGAACGGUGCAGCACUGCUCGGUUGCUGCGAUGGACAUGCCACCUGCACCUGCCUUACCACCUCCGGUCACUACCGUUGUGCAUGUCAGCGUGGUUUUACCGGCUCGGGUUUGCGCGGCGACUGUCAUCCGUGCCCGAAUGGAACGUACUGGAUUGCCGGUGGUGUAUGUGAAUCAUGUCCGCAUGCACGCCAUAUCACAUUAACGCUCGGAGCAACAUCGGAAAAGGAGUGCGUUUGUCCCCACGGCUACCAAGAGAACGAAGAUGGGCGAUGCGUGGCGAUUACGUGCUCCGAACUUCAGGCACCGGAGAAUGGAUACUUUGUAAUGGAGCCGAAACCCUGCAGACAGGUACUGAACGCCGCCUGUGGUACUCGGUGCCGCCCGGGGUAUGAGUUGACGGGUAGUAGUAUCCGUCUGUGUCAGGAGAACGGAGAAUGGUCCGGCAUAGAGGCCAAAUGUACGAUGAAGAAGUGCCCACCGUUGAAUAUACCUUACUACGGUAUGGCCGUCUGCAGCAAUCCAGAUCUUGAUCUCCUGUAUGACUACACGCCGCGCAACAAAUCGUUUCUUCAAAACUACAGCAUGUCAGCGGAACGCUUAACCGAGGCGAUGCCAAUCGAUACCGAGUGCUCGUUCACAUGUGGUCCUGGAUUUUAUCUGAAAGGUUCACACAACCGUAACUGUUUACCACUGUCCAAGUGGGAUGGUUUACAAACAACUUGUAAACAGAUCCUAUGUCCAACAUUACCUAAGAUACCGUUCGGAACUUACGAUCCAACUGAUUGUGCCGAUUCCAAGUCCGCAUUCGGCACCAACUGCACGUUUAUCUGUAACUUCGGGUUCGAGAUGAAGGGUGGUCCCUCGACGAAACAGUGCGGUGGUAAAAGAACUGGCACGUGGAGCAAAAACAAGACCCCGAGAUGUAUAGACGUAGCCCCACCGUACAUUGAAUGUCCCGGCAACUAUACCGAGUUGUUGGAUGAUGACUAUCCGCACGCGAUAGUGCGCCGGCUCCAACAACCUUACGUGUUCGACAACAGUGGAGACAACUUCACGUACUGGACGAAGCCUGGUAUCAAAGAAGAGGGUAUUCGACUCGCUAUAGGAGAUCAUGAGUUUAGCUACAUUGCGAUGGAUGCGUUCAAGAAUAAGGCACGCUGCAGCUUUACCAUCACCGUGAUAGAUCUAACAGCGCCGGUGUUUGAGCACUGUCUCGAUGGUCCAGUACACUAUGUGAGCGAUAAGAACAACACACAGGAAAAGUGGGUUCGCUGGGAGGAACCACUGGUGUACGACAAUGCCGGACCCAACAUUACCGUAACGCAGAACGUUACGUUUGGCUAUCUGCCAGUAGGGAAACAUUCGGUGCAGUAUCGCGCAGUAGAUCCGUCCGGCAAUGAAGCCGAAUGUGUGCUGACUGUCCAUGUUAAGCAGUACAACUGCGAUGACAUACCGGAACCACGGAACGGGUUCUCAAUCUGUGCGUACAACGUCUCACACGUGUGGUGUGAGAUUGGCUGCAAGGAAGAUUACAUGUUUAGCCUCCAGCCGGAAGACACCAUCCGCAUGGUAUGCGACCGGUCCAAACCAACGUGGGGCGAACAGCUGGAUGUGCCAGAGUGCAGCAAGGUCAUCAGUUCGAGCGGUGUGGAAAAGAUCAUCACAAUACGGUUGGAUGACGAAAUGGAUCCUACGCUCUGCAACGAUACGGACGCGAUCAACGAGGUAUCGGAUGCGUUCAAUGAAGGAUUGCGCGAGGAGUUGUGUGGGCAACAGGAGGACUGUACGCUGAUGACAACGUUACCGACCUGUUUGCCCGGUAAAACUCCUGCGCAAGUCGACGCCGAUGAAUCCGUGCGGUACAACAUCGUCAAGCGCAGUGUGGAAUCGCAGAGCUACUCCACACCAGAACCGGUACGUACGAACGAUCGGGCAAUGGUGAAAAUAUUCGUCUACAAGCGCGUUUCCCAAGAACUCGGUCUAUGGAGAUCUGACGGGAAGCAGUCGGAAAACAUUAAACGUAUUAAAGAGGAACUUGAAAAGAUCAACGGAAAGAAGAAACUAAGGCGUCGUCUAGGUGCGCUCAACUUAGAUCUUAGCGUCCUGAAAUUAGACGAGAAAAUUCGCUGUGCAAAUGGCAGUAUUUCGAAGAAAUUGGUUUGCGUACACUGCCCAAGAGGUACGUAUCAUAACUACACCAUCAAUACUUGCGUCAGCUGUCCGAUUGGUUCGUACAACGAUCAAACGGGCCAGAUCGCUUGCUUACCAUGUCCGGAGCAUCAUUCCACAAGGAAACUGAACGCCAAACAUGCCCACGAAUGUAAACCACAAUGUCCACCAGGUACCGUGGCCAGGCUGAAGCUGCUAAAGAAAGCGAAACCGAACGGUGGUGGUGCGGUUGGUACGGUAAAGUAUCACAAAACACUUAUGCCAUUCUGUCGCCUCUGCGAACCGGGACAGUAUCAGGAGCAAUAUAACCGGGCCCAGUGUCAUCCGUGCCCGUCUAAUCACAGCUCACCGCGUGGUUCGAAAUCACCGACGGAUUGUUUCGCCAUCGGUGGCCAGCUUUGCAACGAGAGCGCCUCUAAUGUUUGUGGAGCUUUUGGACGAUGCGUUACCGACCCUACCUCACCUGUUGGAUAUCGUUGCGUUUGCGAGGAGAAUUACGUUGGCGAACACUGCGAAAUUGCAUUGAAUCCGUGCGGUUCGGCGCCAUGUUUUAAUGGCGGCCGGUGUGAUACGACGAACAGUAGCGCUGGCUUUGUGUGCUACUGUCAACCACCGUAUACCGGUGGGCCGAUGUGCGAGUUUUACGUCGAUCCGUGCCGGUCGGACUAUUGCCUGCAUGGUGGUAGCUGCGUAGAGGCGGACGGACGUCCAAUCUGCGAAUGUCCGCUUGGCUACGACGGAGAACGCUGCGAAUGGCCCAAAGACUUUUGUACGCCCAAUCCGUGCGAGUUUCAGGGCGUGUGCGUGAACGUCGACGAAGGUUACAGCUGUGCAUGCCCGCAGGGUAAAACUGGACGGCGGUGCCAUCUGGAACCGUGCGACUAUUUGCCAUGUCCGACCGGGGCACUGUGUUUGAAUGGAGCGAACAUUACCGACACGGGACACGACAAGUUCGUGGUUGUGUUGCAAACACAACCCGAAAAAUCACAACGUGCGACAAUGUCAGAAUCGUUGGAGUACUCACUGAGCUAUAUGUGCGUUUGUCCGAUAGGGCUACGGGGCAACAACUGUACGCAGAUAGAUAACCCAUGUGAUACGAUCAAGCGCCAGUACUGCCGAAAUGGGGGCACCUGUGAACCGGUCAAGUUACGUAGUCUAGCCGGCAGCAUUGCUGAGGAUUACGACGAUGAAAGCUAUCGCUCCGUACGUUGCCAUUGUCCGCCGGGAUAUCACGGCAGCAGGUGUGAUCUCCUGCUCUCAGCCGCCUUUGAGUUUGACUUUCCGCGGAGCGGUGUACACGCCUACGCUAAGUUGCCCGCCCGCACGAAACAAAAUGGCACCCUGGGAGCGAUCGGUAUGUGUGGAUGGUACCGUACGGACGAUGAUUUCAACUAUGGGACGCUACUGUCCUACGCAACGACCGCCGCAGACAAUGCAUUCACACUGACAGACUACAGUGGGCUGGUGGUGUACGUGAACGGUGCGCAUAUCGUUACGAACGUGUCGCUAAACGACGGCGAUUGGCACUUUGUGUGCGUAAGCUGGACAAGCACAGGAGGACGUUACGCACUCUACCUCGACGGGGAGCUAAGUGCACAAGGAGGGAAUUUAAGUGCCGGUAUACCGAUCCAACACGGUGGGCUGUACGUGUUCGGACAGGAGCAGGAUGUGCUCGGAGGUGGAUUUAGUGAGACCGAAUCGUUCCGUGGUCGGAUGGCGUACGUCGACGUAUGGAGUCGCCCACUAGAGCCAGUCGAGGUCAAACACUACUAUCGCACCUGUGAACCGUACGGUGGCAACUUGAUACGGUGGCUUGAUCUACGGCUGCAAACGGUCGGACAGGUACGUAUCGUAAGUUCAGGCUUUUGCCGUGAUUGCCCACGGAACCAUUCACUGCCCAAUGGUUCGGUAAGGUACGAAGGGACGCGGGCACAUUUCCUUUGUAACGAAGGAUACGAGCUAAUAGGACCAUCAGUUGCUGAAUGUUUACGCACCUCCCAAUGGACUGCUGGUGUUCAGUUUUGCAAGCUAACGCGCUGCGGUACACUUAAUGCUCCACUCAACGGUCACGUCAUUCUGUCGAAGACCAGUUUCGGUGGGGAGGCUCGGUUUAGCUGCGAUGAAGGAUUCCUGAUUGCUGGUCCAGAUAUUCUGCACUGCACAGCACGAGGAACUUGGUCCGGUCCGGUGCCCGAGUGUAUCAGCAUCGUCAAGUGUCCACCGUUGGAGUUGGAGGAGAAUGAUGGCAGAGCACCUAUCAUAUACGCAACCGAGCGUGGUGCCAUUCCCCGCCUACUCACCAGCUAUGAUGUGGGGGUUCUGGCGGAAGUUCGAUGUUUGCCACAGUUUGCCCUGACGGAUGACAAUCUUCUGACGUGUCUGGAUAGUGGACAGUGGGAUAUACCCCUGCCGGAGUGCGUUCCUGUGCCACCGACGACAACUCCAUUGCCAGAUAUCCAGUCGAACCUUAUCAUACGCGUUAACCGUCGGCCGGAUGUACAGUUCUGGAAGCAUCUAAGAGACUACCUGUUCCACGGCUGCACACCUUCCACCGUACCCGGACGACAACUCUCUCUGUUUUGCUACUCCGCUUCCGGCACCGUUUCGGGCAACAACUGGACAGAUCUGAGCGGGUUCACACUGCAGAAAGAUGCGCCCCGCGUAACCAACAUAGACGUUAAGCUGCUCGGCUUUCUGAUGCGCACCGUCCAGCCGAAACCCGUCGAACGACUGGGGCCGGAAAACUUGCUCCAUUACAUACUGUACGGUACGGUCGAACCGAUAGCACCAGCAAUGCGCUACCCUGCACACAUCGAGAAUGCGUAUCGCUUCGUCAUCUGCCAGUUUAUCGACAUCAUACUGAUGGAUCGGGAGCUGAACUACGACGACGAGCUUGUGGUGGACAUUCGGCAGGAGGAGAAUACCAACACGAAGAUCAAGCAUUUGCUGAAGAACGUAGCGCAGGUGGUGCACCAGCAGUACCAACAUCUGCUGGAGGAGCGCAAUGCGCGUGAGUCGGCAGCGCUGAAGAAGAUCAUCGAGCUGGCGGAGACCGUGCCGGUUGGGACGAGUUCCAGCUCCACAACCACCACUGCGGCAACGCCGAAAAAUUGCCCAUUGAGUCAUCUCUCCAGCCCGCCGAUCGAUAGCCACGUGGUGAUGGUUGCAUUCCGCACGCUUGUGCAUCGUCAUCCGGAGGAAUGGCGGUUCGAGAAGUUGCUGUACAGUGAGCUCAAUGCGGAACCGGGUGAUCGCAUCCAGUAUGGGUGCGAUGCUGGAUUCAGUAUGCGUGGCUCAGGUGUGACGGAGUGCGGCCAAGAUGGACGGUGGAACGUCGUGGAGGGGUUCUGUGAGGGUGCUGUAUGUGAGAAUCCACCGAAUCGACCGAAUAUGCUGAUUGCACCGGAAUCUCGUGACAAGCAGUACUACGUGGACGAUGAGAUCGAGUAUCGGUGUGAGCCGGGGUAUAUCAUCAAAGGACAUCCCAUUGUAAAGUGUCAACCGAACGGACGCUGGACACUGAUGAUGGCACGCUGCACACGUAUUUCAUGUGGACGACCGAAAAACCUUGCGAUGGGUAAUGUCCUAGCGGGCAAUACGUUCCUUUACGGUGACUCGCUUAAACUGCGCUGCCAUGAUCAUAUCGUGGAGAUCACCUGUCAGUCAAACGGACAGUGGACACCGUUUGAUGAAUGUUUCUAGCGGCAUCGGGCAGGAAUUGUAGUGCUUAGUAAAACUUCCUAGUGUAUAUCCUGUAGAAAUAGAAAUAGCACGUUAAUAAAACACCAACACUAAAAAGACAA